CAUACAAAGCAAACAGUGCGCAGCAAUCCGACCAUCUUCGAUUCGCUUCACCAAGCAAGAGAUAGCAGAGAGAGAUUUGAUCCACAUGGCUCCAAGCAGAGAGGCGUGCGCGGUCGCCAUGGCCAUGGCGGCGCCGUUCGUCGCGAUAGCGAGCAACGCCGGCAGCGCUAUCCCCACGGCCACAUGUAACAACGGCGAGAAGCGGCGCCGGACCUCGUCCGAUGCCCUCCAGCGCACCGUGUCCGACGUCUCCUACGAGCUCCACCACCACCAGCAGCACGGCGCCAAGGAGAAGGAGGCGACGGAGGCUGGGGAGAAGCCGCAGCAGCUGCUGCGCCCCGUCCCCGAGGUGGAGGACGUCAAGUGCGAGUGCUGCGGCAUGUCGGAGGAGUGCACUCCCGAGUACAUCCGCGGCGUGCGCCGCCGGUUCGCCGGGCGCUGGGUCUGCGGCCUGUGCGCGGAGGCCGUGCGCGAGGAGGCCGAGAAGAGCGGCGGCGCGCUGGAGGAGGCGCUCAGGGCGCACAUGGGCGUGUGCAAGCGCUUCAACGGCUUCGGCCGGACGCACCCGGUGCUGCACCAGGCGGAGGCCAUGCGCGAGAUCCUCAGGCGGCGGGCCAAGCUCGGACCCAGGUCCAGGUCCAGCAUCAACCCCAGGGAGGUCAGGGACGUCGCCGCGGCGAAGGCCGGCGGCGCCGGCAUCGCUCGCUGCUCCAGCUGCAUGCCCUUGAUCACCGACGAGGUCAACGGCCGGGUGUCUACCAACAGGAACUGAUUCGCGCGGUUGGUCGAUGAUUAGUUUUGAGCAUGCAACGUUUGAGUAGCUUGCUUGAUGCUUCAUUAGCAUUUCCUUUUUAGGCUAGAAGGUGCACGCAUGUUUACAUGCCAUGGCGGCUGUUUUUUUGCUGCACUUGCUUCUAGCUUGAGCAGUAGUGCUGUAGUCUAGUCAUGCUUAGUCUGGUUUGCUCAUGCAACCUCGUCCGGUUGCAUGGAGACUAUCGAGGGUAUUUCAGGGACUCAGGGUGCUCUUCCAGCUGACUUGUCAAUGGAUGGACAUCCUCUAUGCCCUAUGGUAGCGUCAGUUUGUUUUUGGACGGGGCUUUGCUUGGCACUCUUGCGGUGUAUUUGCAUCACACCCUGGGAGGGUUUGAAGCCCUGUCUUUGGUCAAUUCCAGCCUCAAUUUUAUUUGGGCAUGAUGUAACGAAGGAUAGUACUCCUGAGUCCUGACCUUCAAAUCUAUAAAUAAAUGUAAUGAUGUGUGGAUAUCGUUGUGUGCUAA